AUGGAGGCGGCUGUAAGCAUGGCCAUAUCAUCAUUCAAUGAGGGUGCGUCAGCCAUCCUUAAUGUGAUGGCCAACCUGUGGCUGGAGAGCACAACCAUCACCCUAAACACCAUCAGGGAAGCUGACAUGCUGAGGAGAAUACACCCAGGCCAAUUGCCAAGAUACCUGGCCCUGACCGCCCCACAGAAAAGAAAAGCCAAAACUGCAGAUGCCGCUUCAUCAAGGCCCACAAAGCAACUAAAAAUAGGCGAGACAAUAGCCAUUCGAAAAAGUGUGGACCAAGCUGUGAUGAAUUUUGUGAUCCAGUCCCUCCAGCCCUUCAGCGUGGUGGACCAGCCAUCCUUUCAGCAGCUUCUGAAAGACCUUCAGCCCAAUGCCCCUCUAAUGUCCAGAACAACGUUGCGGAGGAGGAUUGAUGACGCGGCACUUAAAAUGAAGAGGACCAUGAAAGAAGCAAUGUUGAGCUCUGUUGAACUCUCCUUUCUGGAGGAGUACGCCAGAACAAUGGGACCAGUCGGCAAAGCCCUCAACAUUCUGCAAGGCGAAAACGAUGUCCAGAUGGGAUGGCUCCUGCCUACUUUGACGCUCCUCAUCACAAAGCUAGACAAGAUCCGCAUCACAAGCCGAUAUUGCAAACCCCUGGUGGAUGCUGUGCAAGAGGGCCUGCAGCAUCGAUUCGCGGAUAUGCUCGUGGAACCAGAGUUCAUCGCGGCUGCCAUCCUUGUGCCAAAGUUCAAGACGACCUGGACCUCUGACGAUGAGCUCAUACUGCGAGGCAUGGACUACAUCAAGGCCCAUCUUGAAGAAGAGACGGCCAACCUGUCCCCAGCUAAUGGCUCCAGUGAUACAGAUGACGAGGACUUCUUCGCGAGCUUUAAGAAGUCAGGGCAAGGUGAAGUUGUGAAGCAACUGGAGGGUUACCUCGCAUCCAAGCUUGAACACAAGGGGGUACUGAUGUCAUAUCCUGCAGUAUGCAAACUAUCGAUGAAGCUGAACACGGCCUUACCGGCAUCAGCAGCGUGUGAGCGCCUGUUUAGUACAGCAGGGCUCAUUUUUAGUCCCAGGCGAGCAAGGAUAGAUGCCAAGAAUUUUGAAAACCAGCUCUUACUUAAGAGAAAUGUAAAAUACUUGAGUUGA